CCCUGCCAGUAGGGUUAGUGGGCGUUUAGGUGGGUUCUGUGCUCGGGCUGGCACAAGUUUCUUCUGCCCACGACCACCCUCUAUAUUACUGAGAGUGGGGCGCCCUGAGUCGUGUAUGGGAUCCCUCACCCUGCUCUCCCUGCGAGUUUUUAUCCGCACACAGGAGUUUGGGAGCCGGGUGAAGAGAUCGCCGGCUUAAGUUAAGCUACACUGGGAAUUCGUAGGUCAGAACUAGCAGUGAAGCAAUAGAAAUCGAAGAGAAAGUGCUGCCGGUUGCAGAUAUAAUUAUAAUCAUCGCAGCUGCACUUCCUUAAACUCCGCGCAACCUGCUCUGCCUGGAACCUGCAGGCCGGGAACUCGCAGCAAAGGUCACACCGGCGGCACUGGAUCGCGACUCCCCCCGUCUUACUGGCUCCCGGGGACAAACGGGUCGUACCGAUAUAGCUUACCGGCAAGGAGAUAGGAUUUUUUCCAUAGUAAAAGUCACAGGGUUAAUAUACUCACAGAGAAAAGAAACCGGAAUGGCAACCCUGCCUGACCCUGCUAAAAUCCUGGGGAAUGUAUUGAUCUUUAAAUUGUCUGCAAGACAGAAGCCAGUGGAGCUAAGUACAUAGAUUAGACUAGUGAUGACCGACCCCCGUCCCCCAGCUGUUGAACUACAACUGCUGAAAACCUAGAUAUAUUUUAUACAUGGCAUGUGUUGUCAUGGGACAAGUGCCUGUUGUAGUUGAUCAAAAGAGCUGCAGUUUGGCCCAUGCUUAUAAUUUUUAGAUUUUUGCAGGGGCUUUAGGGAGUUCUAGUGCAACAACAGCUGGGGGACAGCAGGUUGGCCCUCCCUAAAUCAGACAGACUGCUAUGUAUAUAUAUUUAUAUAGCUGACACACACCUUUUGUCUGAUGACUGUUGCAAACCAGAGGUUAUCUGCAGCUGCUGUUAUUUGCUAACACAACUAAAUUGUAGAAAAAAAAAAGUUGCAGGUAUCCAGUCCCUAAGAUAUGUGGAAAAGCUGAAUAUUGUUCCACACUGCCCUCCUGGAGGGCAACACAUUUAGCGCCUCUCACCUAAGGGUGCUGCUGUGUGCACCUGUACCUGCUCUGGAGUUCCUAAACUUAGUUGGGGCACAGUGCCCUUUCCAACCCCGAGCAGCACUUGCACCUAUGUAAUAGAUGACUAUAAAUGGGGCUGUUGGAACUUUAAAAGGCAGCAAGCGGCGUGGUUGGCUGGUAGCUAGAUUUGGAGUAACAUAUGGCAUUAAAAGGAGCACAGCUGGAGGUAGCAUUUCCAUCGCAGUGAAGUCAGAGCAGCUGACUCUCCAGCUUGCAGUGUAAUUAGCAAACUGAGCACUCCUCCCUGCCUCCUCCUCCUCCUCUCUCCCAUACACUCUCACACUGACACACUCUGCUGCUACUGCCACCACCACCGCUGCUGCUGCUGCUCUCUCACUGUCUGCUGGAGACCUUGUAAUACCACAAGCUCUCAGGCAAUGAUUUAGAAGAAAGCUGCCUCACUUGAAAGGUCUCUGGGGCAUAUCCCAUGAACUGUUCCAUCCCUUUGUUGCAGGGGGGGAAGGUAAGAUUGUGAUGAAACAAACAGGAUCACUCUGCUGCUUGUUAUGAAGGAAGAAUGGAGUUUCCAGACCAUAGCCGCCAGUUGCUGCAGUGUCUGAGUCAGCAGCGUCACCAGGGUUUCCUGUGUGACUGUACUGUUUUAGUUGGAGAAGCACAAUUCCGAGCCCACAGAGCAGUCCUGGCUUCGUGCAGCAUGUACUUCCAUCUUUUCUACAGGGACCAGCUAGACAAAAGGGAUAUUGUGCAUCUCAACAGUGACAUUGUCACAGCCCCGGCAUUCAGCCUUCUGCUUCAAUUCAUGUAUGAAGGCAAGCUGGAGUUCAGCAAUCUCCCAGUAGAAGAUGUGUUGGCUGCAGCAAGCUACCUUCACAUGUAUGACAUUGUGAAAGUCUGCAAGGGCAAGUUAAAAGAAAAAGAACUUAAUUUGGGGGAAAAGAUUGGAGACGAUGGGUCUGACUUGGAAAAAGACGAUGCACCAACAGACUCUGAGGAACAUCAUCAACACAGCGUAGAGGCAGCAAGUAAACUAAAAAUUGCCACCCCAGACAAUGUAAAACCAAUUUGGAAGGAGAAGGUCAGUGGACUUUCUGGUUUAUCCUCUGACUUGAUAGGUGUCAAUUCAGUUCCAGCAGAGGCUGUUACAUGUAAGACAGCAGCUGGAAAAACAAAAGCCAAUGGCAAUAGUCCUUCAAGCCCUUUGUCCCACAGAUCUGCUAACCACACGCAGCCUCCAAGUGACAGAGAUGGCGCUCUGGAUUUAUCUUUCAAACCUAUGCCUGGGAGGGAUUCCUUCCACCCCUCCUAUGUCUUUGGACAGCUGGUUUCCGACAGCCAGCAGCAGGGCACUUUGCCACUUGUUAAAGAUGAACAAGACUUGCUGUCAGAACAGGAGGACAGUGAAGCAAAGAGUCCAAAAAGUCAACAUGUUGGGAAUUCAGCCAAAAGUCUAGUGACAGGGUUAGGACACAUGUUCACAGGAAACGGUAAUUCUCACGCUAGGGAAGAUGACUUGUAUCAAGAUCGAGAUGAGAGCGAGGAUGAAAUGGACUCCUCUGAUCUUUCCACAUCAGGUGUGCUUGUGUCCCCUGGACAAAUCUGCAUCUGUCCCCUUUGUAGUAAAGUAUUUCCUAGCCCACACGUUCUGCAGCUGCACCUGAGCUCACACUUCAGAGACAGGGACAAUUCACGGAUUAAGAUGUCCCCUGAUGGCUCGGUGCCCACUUGCACCAUAUGUGGCAAAACCUUUUCAUGUAUGUACACCUUAAAAAGACACGAGCGCACUCACUCGGGCGAAAAGCCUUAUACCUGUGGACAGUGUGGGAAGAGCUUUCAGUAUUCCCAUAACUUAAGCCGCCAUGCUGUUGUUCACACCAGGGAGAAACCACACGCAUGCAAAUGGUGUGAGAGACGUUUUACUCAGUCAGGGGAUUUAUACAGACACAUUCGUAAGUUUCAUUGUGGCCUGGUAAAAUCAUUGGUUGUGUAAAAACGCCAUUUGUUUCUUAUUUAAUAUGUGAGCUUAUUACUAGUUGCAUCAUGGGUGCUAGUGCUGCGCCUUAAGCUGCUGAACUGUGAAUCUCCAUGCACAGGUUUUACACUUUCUCUUCCUCCUUGUUGUUGCAACACGGCAAGUAUUUGGGUCUUUUUCCAGACAUAUAAAUCAUAAUAUUUGAUUAACAGGAAAAGGGAAAAAAUGACAAAUAUUAGGGGAAAAAUGGAAUGAAGGAACUGGAAGAUGGGUGGUAAUAGAGUAUAUGUGUGUUACAUGAAUAUAUUUCUGGUGCCUAGAGGAGCUUUUGCUUCUCCUACACCAUAAAAAGCUUACAUCUUUCACUGGUGGUGCUUAUCCUAUGUCCAUUUACUUUGCAACCCACUUUGAAACAGUAAAAAAGUUUACUUAAACUGUAGAAAAGAAGUUGAAAUAUAAAUGCCUCACCUCUUCAGAAUCUCUGUUUGACCCCCUACCCCAAACCUGAUGUAAUGCUGGUAUGAAGUUAAUACAGCUGUGUCAUAUAAAACCAUAGAUUAGGUCAAAGAUGAAACUUAAGAUCACACUUCUCAAACCCUAAAACACAAACCAAGAACUACCUAAGUGUAUUUAGUGCUAUGAAGUAUAAAGUGAAACUGGUAUUUACUUGGCAAUAAUUUGAAGCUUUCAGCCUUACAGGUGACUUAAGUAUAUAGGCAAUUCUUCAACUUGCAUAACUAGGAUUCAGUUAUCGGUUCCCCUAAUAAAACAGAAAUAUAUUUUGUAAAUUAGAAAUAUUCAGUCUGGAUGGAAUAUUGUAAUUGUCAGGGAUCUGUUUACAGUGAAUUCAAAUUUGUAUUAUUCUUAACAAGUAAACACUUGUUUUCUUCCUUGCUGUCCUGUUGUCAGGGACACACAGCAGAGCCACAAGCACGAUGCUUGUUAAAUUGACACAACUAGUUCUUACUAUACAAAUAGGGGGAUUCUUUGGCAGAGGAAGAAAAUCUGGCAAAAUUCUCCCCAAACUUUCAAAAACAGCCUAAGCCAUUCAGUACAUAAUAGAUUUGAACAAAUAUGUGUAGUUAUAUUGAUCUGCCCAUGAAUGGUACAGAAUAGACUUUGAAGCAAGUGUAUUUUAUAUUUAUUAUGGCAGACGCUGUGGAGACCUGCUAAAAUGACGUAUUGAACUUUUUCAGCCACAUUGUCUGGCUUUAAGUAUUGAAUAUUUAAGUGUGUUAGAAAUGUAUGUAUUAAUAUAGAGUUUUCUACCUUCCUAUGAAAGCCCUUUGGAAGCAGUAUCAGAUGUUUUUGAAACAUGAUAAAUUCUGUAAAAUUAUUUUCCUAAGUGCUGAUGAGCACAAUAUAUAUCUUAAUGGAGGAAAUCUUUAGUGUUCUAUGAUGUCAGUAAAAAUCCUGGCUCCACAUAUUCUCAAAUUCCCUGUUCUUCAGAGUAAAGAUUUCAUAGUAUCAAUGCACGUUAACUUUUAUGUGAUGGUAACAACUCAGGACCCUUGUGCUUACCAUAUUUGCAGUUUCCAGCUUCUAAAAUAGUUCUUUAUGUAUGGAAUCACAUCAGUGUCCAUCAUUUUCUGUAGGUCUAUAAAAGUUUCACAGACAACAUAUUUACAAGUCUUAUUUUCAAGUAUUAGUUCCCCAUUCCAGUCUGUAGUAGGACUGCAAACAGAAACAGAAAGGUCAUAGAGCAACAUCAUGCUUGAAUCUAGUAACCUGUUGCUUCCAACAGUUUCACCCUAUAGUAAAACCUCAUUUCAGCCACUUUUUAUCAAAGGGAUUUGACUCUCUGCCUUUUGCAUUGAAUAGGUUGGGGUUGAAGUAGAUAAGGCAUUUCUAAAAUAUGCAUAGGUAUGUGAAAUAGUGGACUACCUUAACUAGUUCCUAAAAAAGUAAACUAAUCCGCCUACAAAUGUUUAUAUAAUGUGAAAAAAAGCUUUUCUGUAAAGAAUACAGUCUAAUUUCACUACAAAUUGUGAAAUAUUUUUGCUGACACUGUUACAUUCAUGUUGAAAGGACGGUACAAUAUAUAUAUAUCUAUAUAUUAUUUUUUUGUUUUAAUUUGUGUGAACAUUCUUGUAGACUCAACACUGGUACAGUGGUCAUAUUUACUAUUUAGUUACUUGCUGUGAUCAGAAAUAGCACUGAAAAAGUACUAAAACUUUAAGUUAUUUUAUUUUUCUUCCUGAUGGUACUUGAUAAUAGUAUUUAUUAGUUUUUUUUUCUAACUUUGGAGUGAAAUGAUUGAUAGAGUUUUUAUUUUAGAACUGCUUUUAAAUCAAAGGGAUGUCCUUGGAUUGUUAAAGGUGGGGAAACCAAUAGCAAAGUCCUUUUUUUUUUCUUUUUUUUGUUCGGAGGGGUUUAACUUUUAUUUUGUUUGUUUUUUGUUAGCUAGCUAAACUAUUUAAUUUAAUGUAUACUUUAAUAAGAAAUGAUAGAAGUAAGCAUCACUGGUAAAUGGCCACAUCUAAUUAUUUUUUCUCGUGACCUAAUCUCUCUAGCAGAUUACAAGAUAACAAUAGCAGUGAAGACAUCAAAAUUAAGAAAAUUCUGCAUUAAACUGUUUAAUUGUGUUUACAGAGAUGACAAAUAUACUAUUCUUGGUUACCUUGUUUAAUUUUGUUUUUUUUUCCUUUGGAAAUUUGAAAGCAAUUACAUUUGCACUUAUAAGUUUUAUUAUUCAAUAAUAACACUGGUAUCUUGGAUUUGAAAUAUCUCACUUUUGUACACAUUGCACAGUAGCAGUUUGGGUAUUAAAAAGAAAAAAAAAAGAAAAAAUUGUAAUUAUUUUUUAGAGAAAAAAAAUCUGUACCUGCAGAGCUGCUCUUGGGUUUUAACACUGGAUGUAAAACUAUUUGACUCCUAUGCUGUGAAAUCACUGAAAAACGAUCAGUUUUGUUGUUCUCCUUGCAAUGAUAAAAAAAAAUGUAUAUGUAAAACACUAAUUAUUUCUGUAUAAAGUUUUAUACUAUAUAUUAUGUAGACAUAACUAUUGGCUUGGAAUAUAUUUUAUAAAAAAAAAUGGUGUUAAAACUGAUUUUUUUUUGUUUUAGUUUUCUCAUAGUUUGUGUGGAAUUUAAUUUGUACAGUUUUCAGUAUGUGUUAAACUGACAAUCGUGAAUAGGAUUGACGUCUUUAUAUAUAUAUUUUUUGUCACAGAAAUAAAAUCCAAAUCUGUUAGAAAUUAAAUGAUUCUAGAUGACUA